AUGGCAGGCAUUCAAUGUAAAGACAGGAGGAUUGUGCUUCAGGGGAAAACUGGAGCUGGUAAAAGCGCAUGCGGAAAUAGAAUUCUGGGAAUCCCUGAUGCAUUCAAGACAGAUGCUAGUCUUAACUCUGUGACGAAAGAAUGCAAGAGGUCAGAAGCUACUGUUGAUGGAUUAAACCUUUCAGUCAUCGACACACCGGGUGUCUUUGACACAAAUAUGGAUGAAGAUGCAUUAAAGAAGGAAGUUGGCCACUGCAUUGACUUGUCUGUGCCUGGGCCGCAUGCCUUCCUGCUGGUGAUCAGACUGGGUGUGAGAUUCACAGAGGAGGAAAAUGGGGCCAUUCAGUGGAUCACAGACAACUUUGGAGAGGGGGCAUUGCGCUACACCAUCGUCCUCUUCACACAUUCUGAUCAUAUCAAUGGGAAAUCAGUUAAGAAAUACAUUAAAGGUAGCCGCAAUGUAGUUUCUAUUGUUGACAAAUGUGGGAAGAGGUACCAUGCCUUUAACAACAAUGGCGGUGACAAAGCAGAGAUGUCAAAAUUGUUAAGUAAGAUUGAAAAAAUGGUUGCAGAUAAUGGAGGGGAAAAUUACACAAAUGAGCUAUAUAAAAAGGCCCAACGUAAGCUGCAAAGGGAAAAGGUGGGCAACAUUGUCUUAGGUAGCAUGAGUGGUGUAGGAGCAGGGGCAGCUAUUGCAGAUAGGGGACGUUAA